ACGGAGGAGGACAGGAAGAACCUGCUGCGGCUGCAAGAUCUAGUGGACAAGCUGCAGCUGAAGGUCAAGGCCUACAAGCGCCAGGCUGAGGAGGCGGAGGAACAGGCCAACACCAACCUUUCCAAGUUCCGCAAGGUGCAGCAUGAGCUGGAUGAGGCAGAGGAGCGGGCAGACAUCGCUGAGUCCCAGGUCAACAAGCUUCGGGCUAAGAGCCGCGACAUUGGCACCAAGGGCUUGAAUGAGGAGUAGCUUUGUCACAUCUUCUCCAUCUGCCCAGCCCUGAGGGUGCCAAUGAAGCCCCCAGUUCCAGAGCCCUGUACAGCAGCUCCUUUGGAGGAAGCAGAAUAAAGCAACUUUCCUUGAAGC